AAUCUGCCAUCUAAUACCAGCUGACAACUCUACAUGGGAACUAUGCACGCGGGCUUACAACACUGCAGCUUACUAGUUCACACAAGUGGGCAUCACCGUUUCUAGCUACGCUGUGCUGGUACAAUUCAACAAAAAUAAGUUGAAGCAUUUGCGUUGCGGCUCAGGCUAAGCAAUUAACAGAAAUUUGGGUCGGUCGGUCGUACUGUUACUACCACUAUUAACGGAAGUUGCGAGGCAAAAGUGCAACAACAGCAGCUUAUAAAGAAGAGCAACAACAGCAAAAAACAGCAUGGCUGAUCCCGAAAGACAAAGCCUGAUCAACAAGGAGGAGCCGAUGUACAAUUCCUCCUCGGCUGUGGAUGAAGGAACCGAGAAGCCAGGGAGCAGUGCUGCAGCCAAUAAUGACGAUGGCACGGCAGCACAGUCGGUGCCCUUCAUUGGUCCCGAUGAACUGCCCCCACCGUAUCAGCAGAGCAGUGGUACCGGCGUCCCGAUGGUCACCUGUCGCGUCUGCCAAAAUAUGAUCGACAUUACGACCAAGCGUGAACAGCAUGUGGUUAAGUGCACUCAUUGCAAUGAGGCCACUCCCAUACGGAAUGCACCGCCUGGCAAGAAGUACGUGCGUUGUCCAUGCAAUUGUCUGUUAAUCUGCAAGAGCUCAUCGCAACGCAUCGCUUGUCCCAGGCCCAAUUGUAAGCGCAUCAUCAAUCUGGCACCAAGUCCCGUAACACCCCCCGUCCCCGCCAUGCCGGGCAUGUGCCGUGUUACCUGUGGUCAUUGCUCGGACACAUUUUUGUUUAACACCUUUCACAAUGCUCUGGCUCGCUGUCCACACUGCAGAAAAGUGUCGUCGGUGGGAUCGCGUUUCGCCAACGGGCGCGGAUCUCUGUUUGCCAUUAUGGCUGUGCUCUUCCUGAUUGCGGGCAUCGGCGUUACGGUUGGCACAGUUUCGUAUGCAGCGGAUCAUGGCGGCAUGUAUAUUCUUUAUAUUGCUUUGUUUUUUGUUGCCGCCAGCAUGUUGGCACGUUCUGUUUACUAUUUCCGCCUUAAAGUGAGCGCCAUUGAUGGGCCUAUGUAAGAAUAUAGGGGCACCAGCUAUAACGAAAGUGCAUUGUUUUAUUUUUAUAUUAUACAUACUAUAUACAUA